UAAAAAAUCAUAGCCACUUACAAAAGAUAGCCAAUCAUUGGUUGCCAGACUCCGGAGGAUUUUCUGACGCAUGUGCACAGGAAUCUUUUACCCAGCGCCACUAGCGGAUGGAAUUAGAAUUACAAGGUUUAAAUAAGCGGCAAGGCGGUGCAAAGCAUGUAAAUAUUUAUAAAUAGUUUAUAAAUAAAUAUUAUAGAUAGUGUAGAUAAACUGAAGUGUCAAAAUGGUACGAAAAUUGAAAUACCAUGAAGAGAAGCUGUUGAAGAAAGUUGACUUCAUAUCUUGGAAGGUGGACAAUAAUUUAAAUGAAGUGAAGGUUAUAAAGCGUUAUAGGUUACAAAAAAGAGACGAUUAUACGAAAUAUAACAAAUUGUCCCGCUCCGUUCGUGAACUGGCACAAAAAAUUAAAGAACUGGACUCUGACAGUACUUUCCGAAUAGAGCAAAGUGCUUUGCUUUUAGAGAAGUUGUAUAUGAUGGGAUUAAUACCGACGAAAUGGGAUCUGUCUUCUUGUCAGAAAGUUACCGCAAGCUGCUUUUGUAGACGUCGUCUGCCAGUAGUAAUGAUUAGAAACAAAAUGAGUGAAAAUCUCAAAAUGGCAACACAGCUUAUAGAACAGGGUCAUGUCCGUGUUGGACCAGAAGUCAUCAAAGAUCCAGCAUUUCUUGUUACAAGGAAUCUAGAAGAUUUUAUAACAUGGACUGAUACAUCAAAGAUUAAGAAACAUGUGUUGGAAUACAAUAACAUUAGGGAUGAUUUUGAAAUAAUGUAAAUUACACAAAGCUUUUGUGGCAUAUUCUACAUUAAGUAACUAUGAUGUAUUGUGAAGAGGAAAUAUUACAUUCAGAUGAUUUAAAUAUACAAAAGAUACAGCAA